GUUCAUAUCAGAGCUGGUUCUAUAGACAAGCUUACCACAUGUACAUGUACAUGCAUUUAACCUAUACAUGUACUGUACGUGUGCCAUAAGUCUGUAAGUUGAUUGUGCCUGAGGUACAGUAAUAGUACGUACCUUAUGUCAGAGCUUUCAUAUUGAGCAUUACAUGUUCAUGAACCUGCUUUGGAUCAGUCGUUUAGCGCUUGAUGUUGGAAGAAGAUGUAUGAAUACCGUAGCUUUGCCGAGAUUUGGAGACUGAAGGAUUCUGUAACUUCUAUUGGAUAAUUGUGUGACAGUUUUACAAAUACACAGAUGCAUGAUUCAUGUAUCUUUGUGUUUGUGAAGUGCGCUUUUGGCAUUGUUACCGGACUGCUUAUAAUCAGCAUAGAAAUUUGAUGCAGUGUUGAAUUUCACCGAGACUGAAGAAUUUUCAGAUGGCUGAGACUUCAACUGGAUAGUGAUUCUCGUCAUUAUUUUCUGAAGACAGUGGCAAUGUGAUGUACAUGUACCGUAUCUACAGUUGGUCAGAGGUCCCUGUUGCAACGCACAAGAUAAUUAUAUAAUAUAGAAGGCUUCCACUCUUUGUUGCUGUAGUAACCACAUCUUGACUGCCAUCUCUUCUCCCUUGCAUCUUCACACCCACUUACACCAGUGACGAGUCUACCGACCCAAGAUGCAUCAGCCCCGGGAUCGGACGGGGAAGAACACAGCCGACUUUGAGGCCUACUUCUCAGAGUUGGAGGAGAUCCAGCAGGCCUGUAAGAUGGCUGAGAGCAAUGGCUCUAACUCCUGCACGGACGGAGAGGAUGAAGAAGCAAAGACACCAGACGGUAAGCAAAGUUCAAGGGAACCGGAACUGAGGUGGUUGAAGGAAGCGGGUCUGUCGUCUAUUGCUGACACCCUCAAAGAUGGGAAGAUCCUAGAUGAAGGUGUUGUGGACAAUGCAACAUCGACGCUGACACGCACCCAGGCUGAAGCAGUCAAGAAGAGGGUGGAGAAGGUCAACGAGACGUUGAGGCAUAAACAGAGACAGGAAUCGCGCAUACCAGAUGUCCGUGACAUCUUCCCUCCAAACCAAGAGCACUCCAGCAUGACGCACACUGACGGCAGGGGUGUGGCUAAGCGUGGCAGCCGUAGGACCCGUAGCCGGACGUUGCCAGAAGGGCUCACCAGUGAGAAGCUACUGUCCAAGUACAAGGAUGCGUCGUCGGGCGUGGCCGAUUCUGUCAACUCAGGUGUCAAGAUCCUCAGUCUCACCAACACCAUGCCCAUCACCGUCCCAAGCCAGAAGGGAAACUAUGACAACUUCCUCCGACCCCAUGCUCGGGAUUCCAUUCUGGAUCUGCAGUCAUCCGAAGACAUAUCCCUGCGGCAGGACGACCUGCUGCGCAGUUUGUCUGCAGCUCUUCCGAACAUCUCCAUCGCCAGGGACAAGCUAGGCAUUACCCCGGUCCAUUUCCUCUCCCCUAAGGACAUUGACAGGGUCCGGCAGAUUGCCCUCAUUGAGUUGACCGCCAUGUUUGACCGGCUCGGCCUGUCAUUCCAGCCAGUCCGAAAGUCCAGUCGAAAGAAAUAUAAAGACUCCGGUAUCUUUGGUGUCCCACUUACAACACUUGUUGAGAAUGACAGACUAUGGAGACCGGAAACAGACACGCCACUGGUAUUACAAAAGAUCAUUAGUUACUUAGAAGAGAACGGGCUGGACGAGGAGGGUGUGUUGAGAGUUCCUGGCUCAUCAGCAAGAAUCAAGCAACUCCGGGAGGAAAUUGAGACUCUGUUCUAUGAGGGCAAGUUCAAGUUUGAAGAUUUACGAGUCAAUGAUGUGGUGGGACUCCUCAAACAGUUUCUCCGUGACCUGCCCACGCCCAUCCUGACACUGGAUUACAUCAACGCCUUUGCCAUGGUGGAAAAGAUCCAAGAUCGCAAGAAGCAACUCCAGUGUCUCAACCUCCUCAUCCUUGUCCUUCCAGAUAUCCACAGAGCAACCCUUAAGUUGGUGCUGAAGUUCCUUGGAAAAGUGGUGGACCAUGAGCCCCAGAACAAGAUGUCGCUGAACAACAUCGCCAUGAUCAUGGCACCCAACCUCUUCACCACCCAGUCGGCCCGCAAGAAGUCACCUGACUACGCCGAGCUGCAGUUUGCAGCAGGUACCUGCAACGUCAUGCGCAUGCUGGUCAAGUACCACAACAUUCUGUGGGUGGUCCCGUUCCGUAUGAUGGAGCAAGUCAGGCGGAUGUGUGAAGUUGAAACAAAAAAGACAAAAGAUUCCAAAUCGGUGAUGACACUGUUCAGGAAAAAAGACCGCAAAAGCUCGGCAGCUGAGUACGAUGUGGAAGAUGGCGUCAUCCGAAUUCAGAUGCCUGGCAAUGAGAAGAUCUCCAACACGGUACGGUUGCAUGAGCACAUGACGGCAGGGGAUAUCGUGUCGCAUUUCACCCAGCAUGUGGUCCAACCCUCAGCCCCUGAGGUACCCUUCAAGAGGACCAACAGCCGACGGAGGAGUAGGCGGAAGACAUUCGAGAGGAAUGGUGACGUAUCGGGUCUGAUAUCACAGUUUACACCAAAUAGAACAAGGUACUUCCUGUACGAGAUUGGGGGAAAUAUAGGAGAGAGAUGUUUAGACCCUGACACCAACAUGGAGGCGUUACUGAGAGUGAACCCUACAGCGGAAUGGGUCAUAAAUGCUAAGACAAACUGAAACUGUCCAAGUGUGCUGCCCGACUCAUAUUACAAAUUUUGAAUAGCUCCAGAGAAAUUCUCUCCCUAAAUGGACUGGAACCUAUGAAAUCUGCAUGGCACUCUGAAAAGAAAUGGCACCCUCGCUUGAGCAGCUUGUUGCCCGUGGCUGGUUCACGGCUGACAACAGAAUGACGGGUGAUGUAAGAUGGUGCAGUGGUAUGGGAGACGGUAAAUCGCAUUCUGUGCAAGGGGGCUUGCUGUUCUUGGCCGAGUCCACUAGCUCCCUCUAGUGUCUGAAGUGAGCCAAGCUAGCAGUGAGAGAUGACCAAAGACAAGAGAAGACUUCCACAAACGUCUUACCUACAUGUAGUUCCCAGGUUCUCCUUAUAACUGAAUGGCCCAUGAGUCAAGGCUGGUGAUAUUUAACAACAUGAAGAAAAUUCAGGGAAAUAGACCCCUCAUCCAAGGAAAGUAAAGAAUCUCAUCAGAAGCUAUAGGAACUGGCCAUUCCCGGUGAUUCAUAGUAUGCAGCCCAACCUAAACAAAAUGAGUCUUAAGUCACUAGAGCCACAUUUUGAGUUAAAUACUUUUUGUAGAAUGGUGCACAAUGGAAAUCAGUAGCUACAUGUACCUUCAAUGUUUUCACCCACUUUUAUGUCCGUGUUCACCAGGGUGAUAAACUGAGUGAUGAUCGAAAUAAAGAUCUCACAUUGAUCUUUCUAAUGUAAACAAAUUACAAAAAAUGCAUGUAUUGCCUUAUGACUCAUUUUGUGGGCUCUGGUCUUAUGACAGUGGUUUUCUAUUCUUGAAAGUUAACUGUAAAGUCCUGAAACUUGUCCAGCAAAAAUUAUAUUAAAUGUCUCUCUUUGGGGGGGAGGGGUUUGCCAAAUUUUUCUUGAAAUAUUGGAAGAGAGAAUGGCUUGUCUUCCAGAAUGCUGCUUAGGAGAAGUAAUCCAUUUUUCUCCCACAAAAAGGAAAAAAUGAUGAAGCCCUCGGAUUGAUGUAAAUAUUUAUAAAUAUUAAUUUAAGAAAAUAUAGUGGAAUCAGUGCUUUCCAAUUUUUGUAUGCACAAAAGCUGAAGCAGGGAAAAACCCAAGUAUUACAUAAAUCGCGAGAUAUAUGCAAUAUUUUUCAGCCCUGUGGCGAAUCAUACUCAGCCAUGUAUAUUUUUUGUGUUUCAAAGACUAAAAGUUCUAUUUAAUUGUCUGAAUGUUUGUAUGUAGCUUUUACGGUGGACGUCAAACUCUGUCUGCUAUAAAUAGAUACAUUUGUGUCCCACAUUUGAAACCACAGGUAAAUGUGUUUUCGGUGCAUAUUUUAGCAAUGUGACUAGGGAUACAGUAUAUUUUACGGAGUUUUAACCAGAACUUUCCUUGACAUAGCUCUGAAGGAAUUUAGAAACAGUGUGCAUGAAAUGCUGUUUUUACUAAAACAAGAAAAAAAUCAGAGCCUUGCAUAAUAUAUAGUACCGUAAUUAGCAUGUAGGUUUGUAAACACUGUGCGCUAACAAGUACAAUCGAUCAAAAUGUGUAAGAAGUAACUACAUUUGUCAUAAUUGUAAAUAUUUUAAUAUUUAUAGUAAUUUAUUUAAACAGAUGAAUUUUGUCCUGUGUUAAGAUGUUGAAUUUGUUUCUAGACUGCCAACGUUCCUCAAGGAAAGUCGAUAAUUCAGUAGAAUUUAUUCAUAUGAACAAGUUUUGGGGAAAAGGCCUACGCAAAAGAGUGUGUGAAGAACAUUGGGCAUUUAUUGGAAAUGAAGUGUUAGGCAUCGUGCUAAGAUUUGAAUACAAUUGGUUGAGUUGGAGACAAAUAGAAAAAAAAACAGUCUUCAGUAGUUUUAUAAACACAGAAAUUGAGAUGGGUGGGGUGGAUUGCUGUGAGGGUGUUGUGUGGGUGGGGUGGUCGGGCUUGGUAGGGGUUUGUGUGGUGGGUUAGGAAUCAAGGAUAGUAAUGAAGUUAUCCUUUUGACUGCAGAAAUUGAAACUUUCAUUUGAGCUGCCAGUUAUAGUGUGACUGCAGUUGCCCAAAUUUGUUUGUUUUCUAAUGAAUCAGCAACUGAAAAAAAAGACCAAAAAGAAAUAGAGAGCUGUCCAUGAGACUGAAUAAUUCAGCAUUGUUACCUUUCGCACCUUUCUUGUAGAACGGUGAAUGAAAAUGAUUGAAUUGAAAUCUGGGGUUGAUCUCACCUGUGGCUCUAAAAAUUUUAACAUUUUCAUAGUUAACCUAAAACUUUUCAACUCUACUACAGUAUUUUCAAUUGUUUCUGCUUUUCAUUGUUGAUGUGUCAUUCCUGUGUAAAUCUACAUCUUUAUAUUUGUAAAUUUUUGGCGAUACAAUGAUAAAAAGUAUAUCAAUUCUAUGUUAAAAUUAAUAGUUACCAAAUAUUGAUGAAUAAAUUUACACUACAAAAUAUGCACUAUA